UAUUGGACGGAAACGGGCGAGUUGAAGAAAUAGAGGGAGAAGCAGCAAAGGGAGAUGCUUGGAUAAAUAAAUUCUCAAAUAAGCCGAUAAAACAGAGGAACCGUUUUCAAGUUGAUUGACUUUUAUCUAACCCUGUCGACGGAGGAACCGCAGUAAUGUCUGCCCAAGCUCAAAUGAGAGCUUUGCUCGACCAGUUGAUGGGAACAGCGAGGGACGGUUCAGUGUAUCUUUGCCAGCCUACAUCAAUCUGCAAAGGAGUUGCAGAAAAGCCUCAUGUUCAUCGAGCCGGGAUGAGACGCGGCAGAGGGUCAAGUUCACUGACGAACGAGUCUGCAAAAGUCACCUUCUCAACUGCUGCCCACAUGACAUCCUCUCUGGAACUCGCAUGGACCUGGGGGAGUGCACUAAGAUCCAUGACCUGGCACUUCGGGCUGAUUAUGAAAUUGCCUCCAAGGAGAGAGAUCUUUUCUUUGAGCUUGAUGUAAGUGAGGUUCCUUUUACUAAUGAUAUAUUAAUAGUAUUAUUAAUUAAUAAUAAUCUGGAGUGAGUGAGGGACAGGAGGUGACUGAACAAACUGCUCUCCAUCAUGGCCCAUUUCACACGCUCCACUCCACACUACCGAGGCAGCAGAACUCCUUCUCCCU